UAUCACAUUAAUUUUAAUUGUGCGUUGCACGUGGCGGGAAGUGUUUGUGUCUUCAGUGCAAGAUAUUUUGAAUAUUUGUUUAUUAGAAAAUUGGCGCCUUUUUAAAAAUAUUGCAUAGAAUAUGUGGCAGUCAUCAUCCUUAUAUUCUCCGUCUUCGUUAACAAGCGAGGUUUCAAUUCAACAGGAAUCUAACCAUUCGCCUACUUCACAGGAUUCACCAAAUGAUGGUGUAUUGCCUAAUUCUCGCCAAACACUAAUAUGUUAUGGAAUACCUGACGUCACUUCCUCUUUUGUGACACAACUUUUGCCUCACGACACUUUGUUAGAAAUGAAUUCAAAUAUUCAACCGUCACGGUUUAGAAAUCAACGUAGAAGAACGUAUGGCGCUCAAAGAUUCCGCCCUUACAGAAUACCUAAUAUUAAUUUAUUAUUCGGAGUACAUACUGGGAAUUGUAAUUUAGUUAAUACUGAAGAAGACAUUUUAAGAAGUGGUGAUAGUCAAGUUGAACCCGUUGGAGCUCUAGCGAAGCGAAGACGUCGUGGCCGAUGCAUUGAUGAUCUGUCCAGUAUCGGGCAAGAAAGAGAAAACCGAUCGUUAGAAAACGAUAGUUUAUCAGAAAAUCGUUUACAAAUAUCGUCGAACAAUAGCGUUACGUCCGAGCCAUCGGUUUCUAAUCAGGAUUCUGAUUCAAUGGAAAAUUUUGUUUUCCGUUUCCAAUCACAUCCUGCACAUUCGACAUCGCCCACCGCCCCCAUUGAAAGUAGUCGCCAAAAUUCAAAUUCUUCGAGUGAAAUAUACUUAGAGCCAGUUUCGGCUUCAUUUCUGACUUCCUUUUUUAGAUCCAACCAUGUCCAUAGCAAAGAAUCACUUAAAUCAAAUAGUAAAAGAACAUUAAGAGUAAUAACAAGUACGAAAUAUUAUCAUCAUGUUGAUGAAGAUCCAUUGUCACCAUUGUUACGUCUCAUUCCUGAACUUCCACUACCUACAAUAAGUGCCCAAAAGUUAGCUAAUAAUUUAAUAAAACUUUCGCGUUAUCUGAAGUCUCCAAAUCUAAAUGAACUUUGCUGCCUGAAUUGCUGUCACAUCCCUGUGUUACCAGUAACAGGACAAUGUGGCCACACGAGAUGUAUGAGAUGUAUCCUAUUGAACGGGGCCUGUCCUUGUGGUGUUAAUGCUCCAAAAACGUUAUUUGUAAACACAAUAGUACGGGAAAUAGUAGAAAAAAUGAUGAAAUAUAUUAAAAAGCCAAGAACAAUAGAUCCUGGAUCACUUACAAGAAUGGUCGAGCAAAGGACUGUUCCAGUAAUUGGAGCCAGGCCACGUUAUUCGAUAAGACGCAGUAUGCAGACUCGUACAAGCAGGGAACAUGUGAACUGUCCUCACAAUGGUUCACGGCCGCGGGUCCCAAUGACGGUGCAGGCUCGGCAUCGCAGAGCGCGCGAGUUGAUGUACGCGGGAAAGUUUCUAGAAGCCGCACCACAUCUCGCACGCGUUGCUGCCUCUACGGAACCAUAUGCGCGCGUCGCCCGUGUUCUCUUGACGCAGACAAUCAGUGCCAUGUGUAACGUGCGAAAACGUCGCACCAUAACUCGCGAGCUCUCACAAUCGGUCCGUGAACAGUCUGCGCACAGCUGGGUCAGUCCUUCGGACCUGGAGUGUGUGCUGUGCACCAAUACUUUCACGAAUCCCGUGUCGACGCCGUGCGGCCACACAUACUGUCGAAGCUGUAUCGAACGCUCGAUGUACUACAAAAAGAAAUGCGCACUGUGCUUGGGACCUUUGGAGAAUUUUAGACUCGCCGAGACUCGCGAUACACAAUUCAUUACAUCAAUUUUGGCCUCAAUUGACGUCUUACCGUUGCCAGAAGAAACGGACGUAAUACCAGUUGUUACCUGUUACGUAGCAUUUCCUGGAAUGCCAUGUCCGCUGUUCAUUUUCGACCCUCGCUAUUGGCUGAUGGUGCGGCGGGUGCUGGAGUCCGGAUCGAGAAGGUUCGGCAUGCUCGCCUACGAAAGGGGACAUACGUUUGCCGAUUAUGGAACUGUCCUUGAAAUUUGUGACUGUGUGGUGUUAGAAGAUAGCCGCUGUAUUGUAUCGACUAUUGGUGUCUCACGUUUUAGGGUUCUUGAGAGACGUGUGAAGGAUGGAUACGAUGUCGCCCGCAUCCAGCCUUUGACUGAUAUAAUUCCAGCGGAAGAUGAAAUCCAAGAUCUGCAUUUACUGGCUGGUCAGAUAUCUUGUAAGGCGCUGACGUGGCUGAAGAACAUGGACGAGGGUGUAAGAGAGGAAAUAGAGACUGCAUUUGGUUCCCUUCCCUAUGACGGAACCCCUGACCAGUGGUGGAAAACAUCCGAUGGACCGAAUUGGUUAUGGUGGCUGAUAGCAAUAUUACCACUUAAAUCCGAGAUAAAGAUAUUGAUUCUAUCCACCCGCAGUCUUCUAAAACGCAUGUUGGCCGUCUCACGCACACUCGAUGUUAUGGAUAUGGACUCAUUUACAUCGAGUAACCAAUCAGACGGUGAGCCUCCUCUUAACGAACUCACAAACCAGGAAUGGUUGAACCGAAACAGGUGAAGCGACACAGAUUAAAUAUUAAUAGGCGAUGACUGUUAAUGCAAAUUGAAAAUGUUUGCAUUCAAUUCUGUAAUGCUACAUUAAAGCACUUACGAAUAGCUUAAAUAAAAUAACAAGUCUUUGUUUUAAAUAAAUCUUAUAAUGUUAGUUUAAGUUUUGCUAGCAUUCCAUGAUUAUGUAUGUAAAUAUUACUUGCAUUUUUUGCAGGUAUUCCUUUGAAUCAUGUAUAUUUAUUUUUAUUUUUCAAUAACACCUAAAAAUAACUUCAACUUUAACUUAACAUUGAGUUUGUACAAUUAUGUGUACAUUACAAUACAAUACAAUAUGAUAAUUUAUGUAAAUAUUACUUGCAUUCUUUGCAGGUAUUUCUUUGAAUCAAGUAAAUUUAUUUUUAUUUUUCAAUAGUACCUAAAAAUAACUUCAACUUUAACUUAACAUAGAAUUUGUUACAAUUAUGUGUACAUUACAAAUAUAUAUACACAAUACAGUCAGAUUUGUAAUGUUUUGUUUGAGAAUGAAAGAGAAUGCUAACUAAUUAAUGGAUUUUGUAAAUUUUGUACUUUCAAGUAUUUAUCAGUAAAUUGAUUUGAAUACAAUACUUUUUCUUAUCUAAUAGAGAGGUAAAAAUAAGAUCUCAUGGUGGUACGAUCUGCCUUCCUAUGGGAACAUUUAGAUUUAAGUAACUUCUUUAAAGUAUUCUUUCUUUUUUAAUUAAGUGCAUUAAAACAAAUGUAAAAUAUGGAAUUAGUUAUUUAAUGAUCUCUCCAAUUUAUAAUUAAAUUAUGGUAUAAGAUUCAAAUUGUAAGAAUGAUAUGAUUAUUAAGUAAUAGAAUAUUAAAAAAUCUGUCAUUAUUAUAAUAUUGUAAAUAUUUUUUUGUCUGUAUAAAGUCAGUUCAACAAAGCUGAAAUGUUUGCUGUGAUCACUCUAAGCAUAUUAUUAAGUAUAUUUUUUGAUAAAGCUUGGACUUAGUAGCUUUUAUGUCACUGUAAAAAUGAAUUUUUCGUCUAAUAUGUAAAAUAAUAAAACACUUUUUUUAUU